AUGAUAUUAGAAAGAUCAAUAAUUAGAAUUAGCAUCAAAAUUGAGAACUUAUUGGAACAUACUAGAAACCUCAAUAAGGAAACUUCUGCAAUACAAGAAACAGUACAAAAUACUGAUAUAGAACCAGAAUCCUCUCAAGAACAAACAACUCCCUUAAAGAAAGAAAUGCAAAAAAACAAUAUAGUUAUUAAUACAGAAACUUUACCUUUAGAAGAAAAAAAUAUAAAUGACUUUACAGUAAACAUGAUUUUAAAAGAAACAAUUGCAAACUCUUGA